UAAAAACAUACCGUGCCAAAUUUUACUAUAAAUUAUAAAUAUUUAUUUUUUAAAAAAAGUACGAUAUAAUUUAGAAUGGCAGAGUACUUACAUCCAUUGUAAUGGGACCAAUUCCUAAAUCAAAAGUUAACAGAAACGAGCAUAUUAUUUCAAGUGACAUUUUUUGGGCAAGCCAAAUUAUGGACAACAUGGAUUUUGAAAAUACUCUAACUUUGUGUGAUCCCAAUAAUUCUGACUCUUAUGAUUCUGGAUGCAUACAGCAGAACACGAGCUUUGAAGAUCCUAUAUUGACAAUAGCUAAUGAAUCAGAAGCCUAUUUUGAUUGGAGUAUUAUGGGCGAACGGCAGGAUCCGUAUGCAAUUCCUAUGACUAUAGUAUAUAUGAUCAUUUUUCUCACAGGUAUCAUUGGCAAUGUAUGUACUUGUAUUGUCAUCUCAAAAAACCGUUAUAUGCAUACAGCUACUAAUUACUAUCUCUUCAGCUUGGCAGUAAGUGAUUUGUUGCUUCUAAUCCUUGGUCUGCCACAGGACAUAAACCACCUAUGGUCCAAGUAUCCAUACCUAUUUGGUGAAGCAUUUUGCAUUUUAAGAGGUUGGUCUUCUGAAGCAUCCACCAAUGCAUCCAUUCUGACCAUCACAGCUUUUACUGUGGAAAGAUAUCUGGCCAUAUGCCAUCCUUUGAAAGCGCAUACCAUGUCUAGGCUCUCUAGAGCCAUCAAAUUCAUCAUUGCGAUUUGGAUAUGUUCUGCUUUUGCUGCUAUUACCAUGGGAUACCAGCUGGGUAUAAUAUACGAGCAAGACAACCUGGGAAAUGACAUACUGGAAACUGCAACUUGCUCCGUGAAGCGUCCUCUGGACCAUUCCUUUGAAUGGUUUACGGCUUUGUUCUUCUUUGUCCCGGGAACUAUAUUGUGCAUCUUGUACUCUCUGAUCGGAUUGCAGUUGAAGAGAUCGUCAGAAAUGGGUCGCAGUCAUCAGAGUCGACCGGUAUCUUCCAAUGUGAACGGAUCAUCUAAGAUGCAGGGUAUGAUCCUCAACAGCCAAGGACGAACUGUCAGUCGAAAAAGUUCGUCGGCUUCUAGAAAGGAUGUCAUCAAAAUGCUGGUUGCCGUCGUUAUCGCAUUCUUCAUUUGCUGGGCCCCCUUUCAUGCCCAGCGUCUCAUGGCAGUCUACAUCACCGAACCAACCGAGUCCGACUUCAUCAUCUACAGUUAUCUCACCAAUAUCUCUGGAGUCUGCUAUUACGUGAGUGCAACUAUCAAUCCCAUUCUCUACAGCAUUCUGUCCCUCAAGUUCCGGCAUGCAUUUCGAGACACACUUAGCCGCUGUCUUGGGAGGGGAUCUGCCCUCAGACGUCGUGACAGACACCGCACCAUGAGUUUUUUCAACAGCACCCUGAAAUCUGGCAUGGAGAUGACAGAAGAUUUCACCAUCGUCUCAGAGGUACCAGGGCAUGAGCACAGCCAUGUUAAUCACAAUGGGGGACAUUCCACAGGUAGAAAACAAACCCGUCUCUCCAUGGUCAAGAAUAUGGAUUUAAUGGCUGGUAACUUCAGCAGCAACAGUCCUCCCAGAAAGAAGACAAGCAGUACCAUCAGCAAUGCUUCGCUGCAAAUGAUGGAAGCCUUCGAUGAUUCCAAUAUCUCAGAAUAUAUCGAUCAAAUGAAAGAAACCCAAACUUAAAAUGUAGAAGAAAUAUUGUGUAUUACAUAUCUUCGUCGUCAUUUUGUUUUCAGUGGUGUGCAUUGUAUAUUCACUUGCAUGAAGUUAUAUCUCUUAAGUCCUUGCAAAAUGUUUUAUACACCAUAUAGGCAACUAUUGCUUGUGUGAUUAGAUUUUAGAAAUUUCGUUUUAUUUAAAAAUAUUUCUUACAUUUCAUUUAUUUCAUUUCAUGUAGAAACUUUUUAAAUUAGUUUUAUUUUUUCAUUUAGUUGAGAGAAGAAUUAUUUAUUUAUAUAAACCAGUAUUUUCUCUGAUAUAUGUAUUAAUCUUAAGGAAUUAUUUUAAAAAGGAAAACGUUCCUUUCUUUGGUUAUGCAAAUACAGCUAUUCAUGCUCGAAAAUUUUGUAUAUGAAGCAUCAUGACAGUGACAUUAGAAAUAUCUCAUUUCUUUUCUACAGACUUUUUAAACUUUUUAAAAAGAUAAGGUUAUUUAAUGUUAAUUAUAAUUAUUAUUGAUUAAUCAAUUAAAUGCAAAAAAUGUUUUCGAAAUGCAUAAACUUUUCCAACGAUCUGA